GCUACCUGUCCAACGGGAGACCUGCGUCGCUCAUUUCCAGUUUCGCUCUUGUCCACUUUGACGGCUCGACAGGGCGAGUUUCGCGCGAGUCCACUGCCCAAGCGGAUUUGUCGUCAUUGGGGUCGCUCAGAAUUCACAGAAGAACCGUCGCUGGCCUUGCUACGCCGCAGUUUUCACACAGUCCGCGUGCGAGGUGGCGAGAGUUGCGCGAAUUCGAGAUUCCUUGGCUCGAGAAAGCGAAGCAAACGACAAACGAGGAAGCGCGUGUGGCUGGCGCUCGCGGAAAUGAUGUCAACUCGUUAUUUUGGUGGUCGCUGGUGAAUUGACAGUGCAAGUGAGCGGUGUCUGGCCGCACGCCUGGACCGAGAGGAUUCUGUGUCGCGGAAGUGGCCGCGGGUGGCCCAGUGCCAGGUGCAAGGAUCGCUUCCUGGAGCAUCCCCCGCACGGUCGGGUGCAGGGAGGGGGCGCGCGGAGGCAGUGCUUCCUGCAACGGAUUUGGGAUUUUCAAGGUUUCGGGGGCAUCGAGCGCCGCACUCGGCGUUGACAGAGGCGAGUUGUGUUUUCUUCUUUGCUUCGCUUGACUCGGUUCGUGCGACUGAGGUGAGUCGUCGAACGUCGUGGCUGCACACAGCUGCAGCGGCGCGACCUUACGGCGUGUCGGUAUACGCGGCGGAGGAGACAGUGUUAGUGAGGGGGCGGCGCGGCCGGGAGGGGAGUGUAAAGUUGUGCCGGCGGUCGGAGGCGGACGCGGAUUGCAAAAAUAUUUACAGUGUCGAGCGAGAACGACCUUGACGACCACGUGCGCCAGAAAAGGACAGACGGAGAGGCAUCGUCUGACAGGUCGAGUGACAGCGGUAGUUGGCGGAGUGGACAGGGCCGGCGUUGGGCUGGCGUAGUGAGCGGAGUAGUUCAGGGACGUGCUCAGGGUGAAUGAAUUGUGCAAGGGAUCCUGUGUGUCAUCGGCGUUCGGAGCGCGGGAAGUGGUUUGAAAGUGUGCGGCAUUUCGCUCUGCACUGGCAUAGCAGAACGCGGUUUUUUGUUUAACCGGGGGUCGCCCCUUGCCGCUCUGGAAUACCUGUACGCCGCCUGACUGGUCCGGUCCGGCUGAGACGGCGGUGUGCAAGUGACGGCGCUCGAAAGAUUCGAGACGGUGUACGGUUUCGUGGCGUUCUAGCGCUCGCUGCUCACUCGUCGCCGUGGACAGUGCACAACGUCUUCGGGCCGUCGUGUCGCGGUGGAUUUCUGCUCGUUUGUUCGCUGCCAGCAGCCACAACAUCGUCGGCCAGCCGCGUUCAAGUGUCAAUAAACUUUGUGCGUUUUUGUUACGCGGUCUUGCGGCGUGAAGAAGGUGACUCGCGUACUCGGGCUGAUUGUGUUAGGUGCCAUCACGGUUCCACGACCUACAACGGCAACAGCAGGUCGCCGGGAACUGGUGGGGACUGCAAGGAGCCGUGCCGCGCGGUGGUGACUUUGUCGUAGUUGGCGACCAGGGAAUAUGGUCAGGAAAAGAUUUUGCAGUUUCUAGGAAUUGACUUUUUAUUGGGACUAUUGUGAUACUGAGGCGUUUGCCAGGUUUUUUCGGAAGAUUGCCAAGUCUCAUGGAGGAUUCUUGGCGCUCAGGACUCGAUUUCUAAUUGCUUUCAGUUGAGAAAUGAAUAAUUCCUCCCACCAACAAACAGUUCAUCGUUCAGCGAAACAAUUUCCAUAAAUUCAAGAUGGUGAACAUGCAUACAACCACUGGGGGAAAUCGUUCCCCCAGUCAUACUUCGCAAUCCAGCACAAUGAGCGUAGUAAACUCCAAUACUUCCAAUUCAAAUCGUAACGCAAAUGUUUCUGUGACAAAUAUCAAAUGUGAUCAAGAAAACGUUAAACGAGAACCAUAUGAACUCGAUCAUCAUCAGAAUGGUGUGAUCCUUGCCCCAGUAGCCACAACUCCGAAUUGUAAUAGUUAUAUGAAUGGAAGUAGUCCUGUAGCGACUGGAAGCAGUAGCAGUAGUGGAGGCAUAAGGAUACAAGUUCCAAAAGUAGAAGACUCUGACGAAUCGGAAUCCGAAUUGGCCAAUAUUGAAAAUUCAUCGAAUGUUAAUCGGAGAGCGGGUAGUGCAAAUAAAAGUGGUCCGAGACCAAUGUCUUGGGAAGGAGAACUUUCCGAACCUGAAGAUGGGAUGAUGGACACCGAGAACUCGGUUAGUAACGAUAAGGACUUUGAAGAUUCACAAAUGUCUACAACGAAAGACGAUUCCCGACAGAGUGGUAUUAUGAAGGCCGACUAUGAACACACGCCAGUUGACCCAGGUGGUCCGGUAGCUUUUAGUUCAGCGGCAAAGAAAUUUCAGCCCGACGGUGUCAGUCUCAAAUAUGAGCCAGGACUUUCGGAUGCGACUGCGAGUGGUCUGAACUCACCGCUUCUCGCCCGAUCUAAAUCGAAUUUACUACCAGCGAAUCCAAGUCCUGACUCCGCCAUUCAUUCCGUUUACACGCAUAGCUCUCCAAGCCAAUCGCCACUCACGUCCCGACAUGCACCCUAUACACCUUCGUUGAGUCGAAAUAAUAGCGAUGCGUCGCAUAGUAGUUGUUAUUCAUAUAGUUCGGAGUUCAGUCCCACCCAUUCACCUAUCCAAGGACGUCACAACAUUUAUGGUAAUUUCAACGGAUCUCUACAUCAUUCCGUAUUAUAUCGACCGAUUGUAGAUGGUCAAGAACCUGCUUUACAUUCACUCAAUUCAGGAGCGACUCCAGGUGGAACACCUCGACGACCCGAUGAAGUCCUUCCUGCUCCUGAAAGCGAGGCCAUUCCAUCACCUGGAAUAUCUAGGCAACAAUUAAUCAAUAGUCCAUGUCCGAUUUGCGGCGAUAAAAUCUCCGGAUUCCAUUAUGGUAUCUUCUCUUGUGAGUCCUGUAAAGGGUUCUUCAAGCGGACUGUACAAAAUAGGAAGAACUAUGUUUGUGUUAGGGGCGGCCCAUGUCCAGUGACAAUAUCAACGCGAAAAAAAUGUCCAGCUUGUCGAUUUGACAAGUGUCUGCAGAAAGGGAUGAAAUUGGAAGCAAUUAGGGAAGAUCGUACACGUGGUGGCCGGUCAACAUAUCAAUGUUCGUACACAUUGCCCAACUCAAUGUUGAGUCCGAUUAUGAACAGUGGCCAGGAGAAUAGCAACUGCGGUCAGAAUAACAUCCGAACUAUGAUGAAUGGUUACAUGGUUAAGACGGAGCAAUCGGAACUUAGUAAUGGAUGCGGUAGUGUUAAUGCAGCGGCCAGUAGUUAUCGUAAUAAUAAUGUCCCACAUUUAUUGCAGGAAAUCAUGGAUGUCGAACAUCUAUGGCAAUACAACGAAGGAGAAAUCCGAUUCAAUCCACCUGUAUGUGGGGGAAGCACAACACCUACGACGACAGCCGCUUCGGCGGCUGCAUCAUUAGCAGCGAAUCCAUUAUUAGGUAGCGCUGGUAUUACGCCAGCCAAUGGCGAGAAUACAAAUCCAGACUUAAUAGCAAAUCUGUGCAAUGUGGCGGAUCAUCGACUUUACAAGAUUGUUAAAUGGUGUAAGAGUUUGCCAUUAUUCAAAAACAUUUCGAUUGAUGAUCAAAUUUGCUUGUUGAUAAAUUCGUGGUGUGAAUUGUUAUUGUUUUCGUGUUGUUUUCGAUCGAUGCCGACACCUGGCGAAAUUAAAAUAUCGCAUGGAAAGUCUAUAACACUCGUUCAGGCCAAGUCCAGUGGUUUACAGGCGUGCAUUGAAAGAAUGCUGAAUCUGACAGACCAUCUGCGACGAUUGCGAGUUGAUCAAUAUGAAUACGUUGCCAUGAAAGUUAUAGUACUAUUACAAUCAGACACCACCGAAUUACGGGACCCAGUGAAAGUUCGUGAAAGCCAAGAGAAGGCAUUACAAGCUUUACAAGCGUACACUUUAGCCCAUUAUCCAGAAACACCGGCCAAAUUUGGGGAAUUAUUAUUGAGGAUUCCUGAAUUACAGAAAACGUGUCAGCUCGGCAAAGAGACUCUCACGAUAAAAUCAAAGGACGGCGAAGAUUUCAAUCUUCUGAUGGAACUAUUACGUGGAGAACAUUGACAAAUGCUAUUAUUUCUUCUGAAGAAAUGGCUGAAGAUACUACAACUGAUGGCAAGUGAUAAAAUCUCAAUUUUCUAUUACUACCAUCUCCCCCUAAGCAAUACGCACUGCAGCAUAGUAUUUUCUAAAAAUAAAUUAAAAAUGCAGUGAGUAUGCAUUUAAAAGUGACAUGCUUUUCACAACAAGAGGUUCGCUCAUCAGUUCUCCUUGUCCUGUGAAAAGCAACAACUCAAAUACUGCAUUUUCCUGAAAAUCAGUCAAAAAGAAAAUCUAAUAUGUGCCUAAACGAGCUUUCAAAGAAAGUGGAAAAAAAAGAUGAAACACAAAUAAAUGGAUUGCCAAAAUCAAUCUUACACAAGAUGGUGUGAAGUAAUUGUUGCAAAUAUUACAAUUGUUGUCGCAAAUCAAACAGACGUGAGACGUGAAAUAAAGUUGACAAAACCACACAUGAUGCGUUGUAAUAUGUGAUGUUGUCGAAGAGAAAUGUUUAUUGGCUUUGUAUGGAAUUUCUAGAAAGUAUCAUAAUAAAUAUCAAAUAAGGACGUUAUACACAAUCCAAUUCUCCUGAUUUUUUACUGUAAAUAAAAAAAGAUAUUAUGGAAACUUGAAAACGGAAAAUUUCAACGGGAAAAAUUUAUUUUCAUUUUUUAUAUAUAUUUUUUCUUAGUUAUAUAAGAACAAGUAUUUUUUUCUGUCCCUUAAUUUUAAAUGUAACUUUUUUAAAAUUCAUUUUUUAUCAGUUUCAAUUUUACUAUAUUUUUGUUAGUAGUAAAGAAUAAAGAAAACAUGUUUUUAAGCGUUUUAUUAGUAUUGCUUUUUUCAUACCACGAAUAAAUGAAGGAAUAUCAAUAAUAGGAGGAACCCUAAGAAAACGGACACUCAAAUUUGUCUAUGACACAAAAACAAA